AUGUGGAUAGCGAGACACGGUUGCCCCAUCACAUUCCAAUCAGACAAUGGCAAAGCAUUCGUUGGUGAUCUCAUGAAGAAGUUAAUGAAGAGGUCGCAAGUGGCGCAGGCCCACUUGACCAAUUAUCAACCACAAGCGAAUGGCCUAAUUGAAAAACAAAAUUGCACGUUGGUUUCCAUGUUGAGAGUUUAUUGCUCACGAUACAUGGAUGACUGGUAUAGACACUUGCCGCAAGUGAUGGGCGCCUAUAACAGCACAGAACAUUCCACCACGGUAAUAAACCCACAUGUGAUGCUAACUGGCCACGAGAAAGCUCUUCCAUUAACAUUCUUCUACCCUGAGUACGAAUGA